AUGUCUGUCGCCAGGACCCGGUCAAUGUCAAUGAGAUCCGGCCAUUCAUCCAAAGGCACUGGAGCCACAUUGGCUGAAGUCAGCAUGCCUUCGAUUACUAUACCUCGCGAUUUCGAACCCUGUGCUGCGACGGCCUCUAUGUUCUUGUAUGUGCAAGGAAAUACAGUCGUAUGCGCUCAUCACGAUACCCUUAAGAUUGAAAGACGGUUUGCGAGACACACAGAAGAGAUACAGUUACUGGCAGUGGAUAAUAUUAGUGAGAGAGGAGCCGGAAGAUUAGUUGUAAGCUACGAUGCUGGCCAAACUGCCAUUGUGUGGGAUUGCAUGACGGGAGACGAAAUUGCCCGAUUUGCUAGUUACGAAAAUCUUACAGUGGCCGCUUGGAUGCGCAAUGGAAAUGUUGCAUUUGGAAAUGCUCAAGGAAAUGUGAUUCUUUUUGAACCGACAACAUCAGAGCAUAUAUCCUCCAGAACUUUAGAUCAAAUUCCCAUUACAGCUUUGGCACCAGCAGCGGAUUGUAGGACGUAUGCAAUUGGAUUUUCCAAUGGGUCUCUCUUGAUUGCAGCAUUGCAACCAAGAUUCAUAAUUCUUCACAACUUGACAACUUCAAGAGGACCUUCACCGAUCGUAACACUAUCAUGGCAUGCAUCAUCAUCACGACAGAAAUCGGACAUGCUAGCUUCUCAAACCAAUGAUGGUGACCUACGAGUUUGGAGCAUUGCUAAAUCACCCACCAGCAACGACACAGCCAAAGUAGUCCGGGUAUUGAAACGUUCCGAAAAUUUUCAAACCGGUCCCAAUUGGCUGGGCUGGUCAAAAAAUGGUCGUAUCAUCCAGUUUUCCGAAGGGGAAACAUCGUCAUGGGACGUACGAACGAAACAGGUCACUUUCGAGAAAGUUCCGACAUUGGAUAUUGUGAAGGGUCUAGCUGUUUAUGGACCUGGAGCGACGCUCUUCACGCUGGGUCCCAAUAAUACGGCCCAGCAAUUUGAUCUUAAUUCACCGCCUCAAAUGGUGGCAAACGUGCAACAUCCAGCCAAUUUGUUGCCACCUUCGCCCCCUGUUUCUGUAGAGGAGCAGCAACAGCAGGCCGCUCAAGCGGUCGCCGCUGAAGUUUCAGCUGUACCAAUCAAUAUCGAUAUCUCCGAGAGUGACUCCGAUCAGAUGUCUCCGCUGGCCAGAAUUGCUCGACGUGGUGAUGAAAUCGAACAGCAAUUACGUGUCGAGGCCAUGGAGCCUGACCGUGCUGAACCAUUGUCUCCUGUAUCAUCAAGAAGUCGCACGUCAAAUUCUACUAGAUCAUCUGCAAAUUCAAGGCAACAUACUAAUCGUUAUCAUGGUAAACAUUCUUCGGGCUUAUCGGCUGUAUCACGAGGAGGUAUGAGUGAAGCAACAACUAUGUCAUUUGGCUCAUCGAUUCAUACCGGUGCUACCCGAGAACCUUCUGUGCUUUCAAGUCGGGACUCGUACGCUCAUAGUAAUACCAGCUCAGCACGCUCAUAUCGUUCCCGACACCGUGGAUCUCGGUUAAGACAAGAGGUACUCCGUAGUCCGGAUGAAGCGGGAAGUCAUGUUGUGGAGCUUUUCAAGUACACCAAAUCUAGGUUGAGUGACAUUCCUUAUCGUCAACCACAAGUCUCAGACAGUGCUCAUCUCACGAAUGAUGAUCUUCGGCUACAAAUGCUCAGUACAAUAUUUGGAUGGGAUGGAGAAGCCGAAGGAUUGAUUCGUGAUGAGAUGAAUCGAGCACCAAUGGGUUCAACCCAAAGAGUUCUCCUUGCAAAAUGGAUUGGCGACCUCGAACUCGAUAUCAUGGCUACGAGCUCCGAAUCAAUGACUUCUUCCGAUUGGAUGCUCCUUGCCUUGAGCGGAAUCGGAGGACACGCUUCUCAAACAAAGGUCGCUAGAGCAUAUGUUCAACGUCUUUUAGAAAAGGGAGAUGUUCAUACUGCUGCUACAAUUAUGCUCGGUAUGGGUGAUCAAAAUGAUGCAAUUGAAAUAUACGUUUCCCACAAACGAUUCAUGGAAGCAUUGAUCUUGACAAGUCAUGUUUUCCCAUCAGACUGGUCCCGACAAGCUGGUUUGAUUAGAAAAUGGGGAGAGUGGGCUGUUCAGCAUGGUCAGCAACAAUUGGCCAUUCGAUGCUUCUCAUGCACAGCAUCCGAGUCUUCUGAACCUUGGACAUCACCAUCUGCUCAAGCUGCCACUUUCACAAAUAUCCAUAGCCAAAGUAUUCCAGAAGUACUAAGCCCUCCUCUAUCACCACCUAGCCACCGAGGUCCACAACGCAGCAUUGCCAAAACGUCAGCGUUGAAGCUCAUCACAGCUUUCGGGGAUAAGCACCAAAAGUCAAAGUUCUUUGGUAUUGAUAAUGAUAAAACACCAGUUGGUCCUGGUCCCACACCAAUUGAGGAAUCUGCCAUUUCUCCAGGUGGUGACACAGCACAUACUGCUUUCCUGAGACCUGGAAAUCGUAGCGUCUAUCACACACCAGCCUCUGCACGAACCGCGACUCCAGGUGGCUUCUCUCGUAGACGUCUUCCGUCUAUCGGUGAGACACCUAAUGAUGUUAUACCUGGAGUCAGAUUAGAGCCUUUGAAUCCACCUACGCCUGGAGAUUCUGGAUCAGACCGAGAAAGGCUUGGCCAAUAUGCUCAUGAAGCGGAAGUGGAGCCAUUACAGCUCAGCUCGGCAACCUAUACUCCAAUCACCAAGAAUAGACCCACAACACCUAUGACCCAGAAAAGGAUUGCCAAUCCAUUGCCAUCACCAUCGCCAGAUACAUUUACCGCGAAAAAGCAAGACGAUCGUACGAGAAAUGGAUCACGACAUCGUAAACCAGAUGGUCUGCAAAUUCAAUGGCCACCUAUGGAGUCGAUAAUUACAGGUGAUUAUAUGACAUCUCCAGAGCAAACGGGAUCAUCACACCACGGUCACCGAACUAACCGCUCAAUUGGUGAUCCUUUGAACUCUGCUGCUCUAUCAUCAGCAGCUUCCGUCUCAGCUUCAAGCAAUGCCAGAAGUCCAAUAACAAGCGAGAGAAGUUUCAGAACGACAAGUCCUGUUUUUCAUGGUCGAAGUAUUGAUCAAUAUAUUAGCAGCUUGGAUUCCGCUACAUAUCAUAAGAGACAGCAACGUAGUCGACAAGCUAGCCGAGACCGAAGUGGAAGAGGCCGUAGCAGUAGUCGAAAGCCAAAGGCUCGUGAAGCGUCGGAAGAAAGAGGAAGGAAUAUUAAUCAAUACAUCAAGCCUGCGAAACGUUCACCAACCUCGCCUAUCCCGAUGUCACCUGAAGAUUUGAGAGAUCUGGGUGCUACAGUCUCCGAUGGUGAAGUGGUGAUUGAAGAGAAACAAUACAGGACAGAUAGUCGCACAGAGAUCAAACCAUCUAGACAAGCAAGCCGAGUCCGACGACAAUCUCCUGAAUCACGCAAAGCAUCUAGUCGUCAAGCAAGUCGUAACGCGAGCCGUCGACCCCCUAGUCCAGAUACCAGACUAGGAGGACGAGAUGCCCGAGGUCGAAGUGCAGGACGUGGCGGAUCAGCAAUCCGUUCGCCUUCUUCUCCAUUGCCAUUUUCACCUCAAGCAAAAUUCUACCAGGAAGAUGAAGUUGCUGAUUAUGAAGAUUUGAGAGCCGCAAAGGCAGAUCAGCUUGCUUUUAGAAUGAGAAGUGGUAGUCGUAUGAGAGAACGUGGUACGAGUGCCGUUCGAGCUUCUUCGCCAAAUGGAAGACGUCGUGACAGAUCUACAAGUCGAAGACCAAUAGAAGGUCAAAGAUCACCAUACAUAACUCGAGAUGGUGCCGAGUCUCAAACUCAGCUGCAGACACACUCGGAGUCUGUACAAAAAGCCGCCGAACAACCAAAGGUGGAUCUAAAAGAUGAGCGAGCAUUAAAGAGAGAACAAGCUGCACGUGAGCUGGAAGAAAGACGUAAAUCUCUUGCUCAAAGACCAUUAGCACCACCGAUCAUUCAUCCGGGAGAAUUAAGUGGUUUAUCCCCACUAGCUUAUCGUCCAACUACCAACUUCCCCGAACCGAGAUCUGGGCCAUCGUAUUCGCCUCCCAAAGCAAGUCCUCAAGCUCCUAGAAGCCAACAGAAUACACCGAAUAAUAAUUCUCCGGGGAGUGGGUUUGGAUCAGCUCCAGAGUCAUCCGUGCAGAUUGGUUUACCUGCCACUCCAAGAGCUAUGCGUCAUCCUAAAUAUGAUCCUGAAGGUAAUGGUGCAGAGAGCAUUCCACAAGUCCCUCAAAUUCCAGGGAGAUACGAUACAGGUCCACAAGCCCAAACUUCCACGUUGAGUGCAGCUGUCUUCAAUGGUUCAUCUGAUGGACCACAUGACACAUUUGGACCUCUUCCAAAGACAGUGUAUCAGGCAUCUCAACCACCUCGUCGUAUGCCUCCUCGAUCUGCUUCCGCUCCUAUUCCUGAAGAGAGUUUCUACAAACCAAAUGUCAUCCCAGCAGGUUUACCACUUCAUCCCGCAUUUCAAGCAGCAAUUCCAUCCAGUUCAUCAAGACGCACACCAGAUACUAGAGAGAGAAUGUCACCCACUCAAUCUCCACGUAGACAAGCUUCGGGUGAUCUGCAGGGCGAGAAUGGAAGUAGAAGCGGAAGUCCGGUUUACGCUAGUGGGCCUGUCAAUGUAUUGACCGGAAUUGACGAGACAAUUGAGGCAAUUCAAGCAAUGCCUAUGCAUCAUCCAAACAAUGAUUUGAUUCCCCCACCACCACCGCCUCCACCAGCUCCACCCCUUCUCCCACAACUCCAACAUUUGGCUUUACCACCACCACCUCCUCCCGCUCCAUUAUAUAGACCCAAUGCCAACACCAACUCCAUGGUCUCAGGUGUAUCAUCAGGAUCAGGUAUUUCCGGCGUCUCAUCCGGUUCCGGCGUAAUCGAAAUCGUAAUGGACGAUGAACCCAUCUCCAUGAUUCCCAAAAGCAAAACCCCCACCAUCCUAUCCGCAUCUACCCUGAAUCCCAGCUCCAUAAUGGAACCACCACCAAUGCCACCAGCUCUCGAACGUCGUCGAACUUCCUCCGUCUCGCACAUCUACACACAUAACCGCGGUCGUUCGGAAACGGACAAUUCCCUCUCUAAUCGAUUUUCCCGCGCUGCGGAACGUUUGAGAAGUGCUAGUCGUGGCAGAAAUAAUUCUAGUCCUAUUAUUGAUAAAGGUGCUACGAAGAGUCCGGUUGAGAAUGGUAGUAGUCCAUAUGAAAGUGUUCCUGCUGCGAACUGGGCUCCACCACCUCCACUUAAUAGGAGUGCGACGACGACUCCUUCGAGUGGGAUGAAAGCAGAGAGACAUCCUAUGGAAGUGAGAGCUGCUUAUCAAGCGAGUAUGGAGGGUGGAAUGAUUUGA